AUGGCGUCCAAAUGGAUCGCCUGCGGGCUGGUCCUGCAGGCAGGGCUGGCCGCCGCCGACGGAACAGGAAUGGUAGGGCUAGGCAAGACAAUGUACAACCCGCCUUGCGCUUUUGCUUGCCGCGCCUCGAUUUCAUCCUGCCCGCUGCUGUGUACGCCAAAGGGAGAAGACGCAGAGACACCGCCGGAGUGCUUCACAACCGACCAGGCUUUUAUGCGCACGCUGGCGCUGUGCAUUAGCAUGUACUGCAGCCAGUUUGACCACCCUUCACUCGCCAAGAUCGAAGACUACUGGGAGUCGCAUCUGGCUUCCAGCACCGUGGCAAAGUUCGAGUGGAAGCCGGCCAUGUCCUACGGCGAGGCACUUCGCCUUGCCAAGAUUGACGAGCAGAAUGCUGUUGGACGCAGUCAGACUUCAGCCGGCGGCGGUGACCACCACGGCCACAAGCGACAGCUGCUGCCCCGACACGGAGGGAGCCAUGGCUCCGGAGACGAGCACGACGAAAUGGACCAUGUGGACAGCCCCUUGCCCGUCAUCAAACCUCGGGCCCCUCUCAAUGUCACCAGCGUGGUGGCCCAGAAGGACUGGACCAAAAGCUACAACGGCGCCAAGGGGUUCGAGAUCAACGAAGCCGGCCAUGCGAAAUACACCCUCGUUCUUCUGCUGGUGGCGCUCUUCGCGCCGGUGGUCCUCUCUCUGGUCCGCUUCGUCCCGGGGCUCAGUCGCAGCCGCACAUGGCAAUGGGUCAGCUCGAUGCUCGUCGAGCCGCCGGCAUGGGGCAAAUCGCACCGCGAGCCCGUGUCCCCGUACACGGGGGGCGGGCUGAUGCCCACCAGAGGACAGGCGCUCUACAUCCUGCUCAUCUCCGUGCUCAACACGGUCUUCCUGGUGGCCCCCUACGCGGCACUCUUCCCGCAGACCUCGUUCCCGUCGGUAGAGUCCAUGGAGAUCAGCACAAUCGGCAACCGGGCCGGCGUGCUGGCAAUGGGCAACAUGGUGGCGCUCUUCGUCUUCUCCGCCAGGAACAACGUCCUCCUGUGGCUGACGGACUGGCCGUACGACACCUUCAUCCUGCUGCACAGGUGGCUCGGGUACUGGACCAUCCUGCUCGCCGUCAUCCACUCGCUCAUGCUGUUCGGGUACUACGUCGCCGAGGGGAUGUACGAGGACGAGGCGGCGAAGCUGUACUGGACAUGGGGCAUCGUCGCGACGGUCUGCGGCGCCGCGCUCUGGCCCAGCUCGCUCCUGGUCGUGAGACAAAAGGCCUACGAGCUGUUCCUGUGCACGCACCAGGUGCUGGUGGUGUUCUUCGUCGUCGGGUACUACUACCACAUCUGGGAGCGGUACAGGCACAACUGGGGCUAUGAGAUUUGGGUAUUCGUCGCGAUUGCGGUCUGGCUCCUGGAGCGCUCGGCCAGGCUGCUGCGCGUGGGCUUGGCCGGCCUCAAGACGGCGGUCGUGUCGCCGGUCGAGGGGUCCGACGGGGACUAUGUCCGCGUCGACAUCGAGGACACCUUUGCCGAGGGCGUCGCGUACCUCUACUUUCCGACGCUCUCGUGGCGGUUCUGGGAGAACCACCCGUUCUCCAUCGCGUCGUCCUUCUCGGCCCAUGCGACGGACGCGGGUGGCAGUCUGGAGAAGCUGCACGUGACAGACGUGGAAAAGACGGCCCGAACAUCAACUCGCAGCGCAGAGGUCGAAGUCGAGGCCAAGGCCGACUCCCCGUCCACAACUGCGUCUACAGUCACCACACGGCCGUCGGGCAAGACCAGGGUGACCAUCGCCGUCAGGGUCCGGUCAAGCAUGACGGCGCGCCUCGCCGCCAGAGUCUCGGCCGCCGGGGGCCCGAUCCGGAUCCCCGUUUUCCUCGAAGGCUCGUACCACUCCUCGGCCGGGAGCCAGCUGUCGCGGUGCACGCGGAUCCUGUGUAUAGCCGGCGGCGUCGGCGUCAGCGCCGUCUUGCCGAUUCUGCGCCAGCACGGAAAUCGACCAGCCCGGCUGUGCUGGGGCAUCCGCAACGACAGCCUCAGGUCCGUCUUCAGGGACGAAAUAAGCGGCCUUUCAGCCACGGUCGAUGUCGAGACGCACGUUGGGUCGCGGAUGGACGUCGGCUCCAUUCUUCGAGAAGAGCUGACAGCGCCGUGUGGAUCCGAAGACCGGGGUCCCAUUGGAGUCGUCGUCUGUGGCCCGCCGGGAAUGGCUGAUGAUGUCCGGAACACCAUCUGCACCCUGGGCCGCAGUGCAACAAAUGCGCUGGCGCCAGUGCGCUUCAGCGACGCCGAGGUCUUGCCCGCCAAGUCGAGGGUCGAGAUGUGCCGAAGCCAAAGGGCCGUCACGUCCAUGUAUCUGUGCCUGGAUAUGUUCUGCGAGCAGGACGCGCGGGCCGCCGAGGUUGCGGCCCUGAACGAGACGUGUGUCGGGGCCGACAUGGAUGCGCUUCCUCCCAUUUCCAUCAUUUCGAAUUACACGCCGGGCGACAUUGAGCGGUUGCGGCACAUCAGGCUCGGUGAGACGUUUGCGCCCAACGCCACGGUGAAGGAGGUUGUCGUGCCGGCUUUUGAGCUUUACAAAGCGUGGUUUGACACAUUGGACGCGUACAGAUACGUCACCCAUCACCACUUUUUGUACGGCUUUUCCAUGAUUUUGUUUUGGUUGGCUGUGUUGGCUAUAGGUGUUGGCAACAGAAUCAUACUCGGAUGCAUCCGCUUCUUGAAAACGUACCGACUGUACCGCAGCCGCCGCUCUGAGACGGCAACAUGGGUGAAGAGCAGGAUUGUCAUACCCGCAACCUUUGGGUACAGAUGCGCCACGGAGGUAUGGUGCGGCACGAUUCCGCCUCGGAUACAGAGUCUCACAAUUGCGGCGUUUGCCAUCAUGAAUCUUGCAUUUAGCAUAUUCGGGUACAAAAUCACACCCGUCAAUCUCUAUUUCUCUACACCAACGCGACAGUGGCUGCGCUACGUUUCCGACCGGACGGGGAUUAUUUCGUUUGCCAACUUCCCCAUCAUUUGGCUCUUUGGCAUGCGUAACAACUUUGCCAUUUGGCUUACGGGGUGGGACUUUGGCACGUAUAACAACUUUCACCGCUGGGUGGCCAGGAUUGCCACUCUUCAGGCUGUUGUUCAUUCGCUGGGGUAUACGGUGCUGAUUCUGAAAGAAGGAGGAUGGACAUAUUUCGCUUGGUGGUGGACGCAAAUGUUCUGGCUCGCGGGUGAAGUGGCCACGGUGCUCAUGUGCGCCUUGAUGGCUUGCUCCAUCUACUGGCUACGGCGCCAAAAGUACGAGCUGUUCCUCGUAUUACACAUUGGAAUGUCGAUAUUUAUCCUCGUCACUAUGCUCGGCCACGUUUCCAUCUUCAACGGCCAUUACGACGCCUUCUUCUGGGUCCCCGUAUUCAUAUGGGUAUUCGACAGAGUCCUACGCAUCCUCCGAAUAAUCUUCUUCAACCCGACGAUAAAGCCCACCGUCGCCACCGCAACGUACAACCUGUCCACAAACAUUGUGCGGCUCCACGUUCCGUGUCAUUUCAGAGCACACAAAGUUCGACCGGGGACGUAUUAUUAUCUCUCAGUCAUCGAUGACAAGCGAUUUUGGGAAAGUCACCCGUUUACCGUGGCAUCUGUUUCAGACUCGCAUCUGCCAGGAAAGCCCUUCGGGGAGCAAGCCCCCCUCCUCGAGUCAGAUGUAAUCUGUGCAGAGGAGCAAGAGAUGGCCAAGCCAAACUCGAAGUUUCUCACGUUUCUCAUCAGGCCAUACGACAGCUUUACAGCUCGACUGAAAGAUCUGGCCUCGGAGGACUCCCCGCAGCCAGCGUCAAUACGGGUGCUGGUGGAUGGGCCGUACGGACACAGCCAGCCGCUACACCUGUUCGACCACGUCUUGUUCGUCGUAGGAGGCAGCGGCGUUGUCGUGCCCAUGUCCUAUCUCAAGGUCUUGACGGGCCGCAACAAGCAAACAACGUCCACUCACAUCCACUGGGCGAUACGAGAGCCAGAGUUCGCAGCGGAGGUACUGUCGAAUGACAUGGCAGAAGCUCUCGGCGAUGCGAGUUUCGCCAUCGACUUGUACUUUUCUGCCGAGACGGAGAGAAACAUUGGCGCAAACAUGCCGCCCAAAGCGUCACGGCAUUAUAGACGACCAAACGCCGCGGCGAUUAUUCUCGCCGCCGCGGAAGAUGCAGGCGAACGCACUCUUGCCGUCGUUGCAUGCGGUCCAGCCAAAAUGGCCGACGACGCCAGAAGGGCCGUAACAGAAGCUUUGGACAUUUUCCCUUGUCAGAUGGAGUAUUUUGAGGAGAGUUUUAGAUGGUAG